CGCCAUGCUGACGGCGGAGACUUUCGUAUUGCUUCUGCUCGGCCUGCUGCGACGGGGAGGAGACGCUUUGCCCCAUGCGAGGUACUCGCAUGCCGGUCUAUGCCCCAAUGAUAUGAACCCCAACCUGUGGGUGGACGCCCAGAAGGGUCUGCCAUGCACCCGUACCCGUACAUAUGAUGCAGAAUGUGAGGCUUACGAGAAGUGUUGUCCGAAUGUCUGCGGGGCAAAGAGCUGCGUGGCCGCCCGAUACCUGGAUGUGAAAGGAAAGAGAGGUCCGGUCGGCAUGCCGAGGGAAGCAACGUGCGACUUCUUCAUGUGCCCCCAGCAAGGCUCCCGGUGCGACCUCUGGGACGGGCAGCCCAUCUGUAAAUGCAGAGAGCGCUGCGAGGGGGAGCCCAGCUUUACGUGCGCCUCCGACGGGCUGACCUACUACAACAAAUGCUUCAUGGAUGCCGAAGCUUGCGCCAAGGGGGUGGCCCUGACCGCGGUCACCUGUAAAUAUCACCUGCCCUGGCCCCACACCAGCCCGGCGCCUUUCGAGACGACGGCCAACCCGACCGUCCCUUCCGCCGAGGCGGCCGUCGUUAAUGUGGCCCCGCCCACUCUGGUCAGCGACCCGACUCACAAGGCCGUCCACGUGGGAGACACCGUCAGCUUUCACUGCGACGUCGCCGGCAAACCCAAACCCGAAAUAACCUGGGAGAAGGAAAUCGAGGGGAAGGAGAACCUGGUCAUGCGACCCAACCACGUGGUCGCAAACAUCGUGGUCACCAACAUCGCUCAGCUGGUCAUCUACAACGCCCGGUUACAGGACGCCGGCGUCUACGUGUGCGUAGCCAAAAACACCGGGGGCCUGGUCAAGGUCAACUUCCCCUUGUCGGUCAAAGAACAGCCGGCCAAGGAAAAAUCCAACAAGGCUUUUUUUCCGACCGACGAGUGUCUGAAGCCGCCGGACAGCGAGGACUGCGGGGAGGAGCAGACGCGGUGGCACUUUGAUGCCAAGAAGAACAACUGUUUCACCUUUGUGUACGGGAACUGCAACAGCAACCUGAACCACUUCGAGACGUACGAGUCGUGUAUGGCGACCUGCAUGAACGGGCCCGUCAACCUCUGCAACUCCCCCGCCCUGCAGGGACCCUGCAAGGCCUACGAGCCGAGGUGGGCCUAUAGCAAACUACUCAGCCAGUGCCAGUCCUUCAUCUACGGCGGGUGCGGCGGCAACGAAAACAACUUCGAGAGUAAAGAGACUUGCGAGGACAUGUGCCCGUUCCCCAAGAACCAGAAGUGCAAAGCGUGCAAGCCCCGGCAGAAACUGGUCACCAGCUUCUGCAGGAGCGACUUUGCCAUCCUGGGGCGCGUCAUGGAGCUGACGGAGGAUCGGGACUCGGGCAAUGCGCUGGUCUCCGUCGAGGAUAUCCUGAAAGACGACAGAAUGGGACUCAAGUUUCUCGGGAAGCAGCCGCUGGAAAUCACGCUGCUGAACGUGGACCGGAGCUGCCCGUGUCCCAACGUGACGUCCGUCGGCGGGCAGCUCAUCAUCAUGGGCGACGCGCGGAACGGCAUGGCCGUCCUGCAACCGCACAGCUUUGUCGGCGCGGCCAGUGCCCGCCGCAUGCGCAAGCUGCGCGAGGUCAUUCACAGCAAAACAUGCGAUCUUCUGAAAAAGAUUUUAGGCCAACCGUAA